UUUCAGUCUUUUUGAAUAACCGCAGACGCUUUCCCUCACGAAAUGUCCUUGAAUUAAAACACAUUCAAUUAUUCUCAAGCGACGCUAUUAAAAAGCCACUAGACGACAAAAUGGAGGCAGAAUAUUAACUUGAUUUUUUUUGUUUUGCUAACCAGCUAUGUCUCAUGCUAGAAGACUGGAGGACCACACACUGUGCUUUACAUUCCGCUCUGCACGAUGACCCCGUCGGGGAAACGCGCCCUGCGCAGAGAGGAGCUGCAGCUGGAGCUGGCGUGUGAGUGGGGCUCGUGUCAGGAAACGUUUGACAGGAUGCAGGAGUUCUGCCAGCACGUGGAGAAACAUUAUAAAGCUGCCGUGGACAGCGAGACAGACUUACCAGAAGAGGAGCAUAACUGUCUUUGGAGAGACUGUGGCUUCUGCUCAGUGGAAGGAAAUGCAGAGCUUCUCAGACACAUAUUCUUCCAUUGCUACCACACCAAGUUGAAGCAGUGGGGUCUUGCUAUACUCAACGGCCACAGCGACAUGGGUGCCUGUUCGGUCGGCCUUCAUAACCGCAACAUUGUGCCUGAGGUCCAAGAGAACUUCCUUUGUCUUUGGGAGCACUGUGAGAUGUCUAUGGAUAAUCCAGAGUGGUUCUACAGACAUGUGGAGAUGCAUGCCCAUUGUCUCGAGGCUAAUGAAGAGAAUGUGUUGUUCUGUGGCUGGAAAGACUGUGAGGCCUCUUUCAAGGGCAGGUUUAAGUUGCGAGAGCACAUGCGUAGCCACACACAGGAAAAGCUGGUGGCAUGUCCGACCUGUGGAGGAAUGUUCGCCAACAACACAAAGUUCUUUGACCACAUUCGACGACAAACCUCGAUUGAAGGUCAAAGAUUUCAAUGUUCUCACUGCUCUAAACGUUUUGCCACUGAGAGGCUGCUGAGAGACCACAUGAGGAACCAUGUCAACCAUUAUAAAUGUCCACUGUGUGAUAUGACCUGUCCAUCACCAUCCUCGCUGAGAAACCAUAUCAAGUUUCGUCAUUCCAACGAGAAGCCUUACAGCUGUGACUACUGCGAGUACAGCUGUAAAAACCUGAUAGACUUGCGGAAGCAUUUAGACACACACAGCAGUGAGCCAGCAUAUCGAUGUGACUUCGCUGAUUGCGACUACUCCACCCGCUCCCUUUACUCAAUCAAGAACCAUUACAAACGUGUUCAUGAGGGAGAUUACACUCCUCGCUAUAAGUGUCAUGUGUGUGAGCAAUGCUUCACCCGGGGGAACAACCUCACUGCCCACCUACGCAAGAAACAUCAGUUCAAAUGGCCUUCAGGACACCCGAGAUUUAGGUAUAAAGAGCAUGAAGAUGGGUUCAUGCGCCUGCAGCUGAUCCGCUAUGAGAGCGUGGAGCUAACAGAGCAGCUAAUGCGGGAGCGGCAGGGAGAGGGGGACAGCAGUGAAUCCAGCCAGCAGAACAUCCAGCCCGGUGAAGAACUGGAGGAGUUGGUGCCCCUCGGCACCAUGGGUGGAAAUACAGAGGCAGGAAUAAGAAAGGAGGGAGUGAAUGACUAUAGGACACAGGAAAAUACAGAAAGUGUGUUCUUGGUGUUGACAGCCGGCACCUCCUCAGAAACAGACUCUACAAGGGAGGGGUCCGUAAUGCAUCAGCUACAAGACACUGCCCAACAGCUGGGCAUGGAGGUGGUUUAACUGCAUCUCUGAUUACUGCAACGCCCUAAAACUGCUGUGUCAGACAAUAAAAAGGUACAUUAGGACAUUCCAAAUAACUCUGUGACAAAAAGUGCUAUGAUACUAACAGGGGACCAAAGCAGGAAUAGAGUGUGUUUGAGGAUGCUGUCGUCAUCAUCAAACCCCUUGAACACCGCACUGAACAGAACAGAUGAAGCUGAAUCACAGGUUAGCUCUGAGGAUGAUUGGUUAAAUGAAUAGUUCACUCAAAAAGGACCAUUUUUGUUAUAAUUUACUCCAUAAAUGUCCCCAUAUUAUUUUUGUUUGUCCCAAAACACAAAAUGAAAUGAGAUGUCAAGCGGAGUGUGUGAGUUGCCUUUUUCCAUUCAACAAAAAUUAAUGGUGAUUUUUUUUGCACUAAGCUCCAAAAUGGACAAAAACACUGAAAGUAUGUUAAAUGUAGCUCCUGUGACUUGUAUGUUUUAAGUAUUUAUGUGAUUUUUAUUUUUCCCCUGUUUGGAGCUUAGAAAAGUAAGUCACUUUCCUUGUAGGGAAAACACGCGCGCACACAUUUAAGAUGUCUUAUUUCUUGAAGGACACUGCAGGGUUGGAACCAUAAGAUUAAAUUACGCCAUUUUAAUUUUGGACUAAACUAUCCCUUUGAAUUAGACUGUGUGUGUGAGAGAGAGAGUGAGAGCAACAAACGAGAGACAAGAGGGUAAGGGAG